UCUCACUCUCACUCUCGCUCUCGCUUUCACUCCCCUCUCCCUCUCACUGCCCUACCAAUCUUCUAACACUUCACUCGCCCCCCCCCUUCUCGCGGUCGAAACGCCCCGAAAUCCAACGCACGCUUUGCACCAUCUGAUCCCCCUCCCCUUCGCUCCCGGGUUUGAAGGAUUCAGAUAGAGUUAACCAAGACCAAGCUUUCCGACAGCCCGAACUCGACCCAAUAGUUUAACCUUCAGCCGGUCCACGCGCGUGCCCCUGUCUCACGUCGCCUGUAGGCUGUCACCCCCCCCCGGUCUCACCCGUUCUCUCCCUCUCCAUCUCUCUCUCUCUGUGUGUGUGUCUCUGUCUCUGUCUGUCCCUUUUUCUCGUCCCCUCUUGUCUCACUUCCCCAAAACCUGAAAAUACCCUUUCUCCGCCCGUAUAAACCCCACCAUGGAUCGGCGCGACCGAGAUGACCGGGCCGGCGAGACCAGGCCGUUGCUGUCGGACCAGCCGCACCUGAAGCCGGACAUCGAGCCGGCGACGAGUAGCGGCAGCAGCAGCAGCAGCAGCAGCAGCAGCUGGCCGGCUGAGGCAUGGCUGCUCUGCCAGUACGCGCUGCCGCUCAUCGCCACCUACCUGCUGCAGUACUCCUUCACCGUCAUUACCACCUUUGUGGCCGGCCACCUCAGCGCCGACGACCUCGCCGCCGCCAGCAUCGGCCUGACCACCAUGAACAUCGUCGGCUUCGCCAUCUACGAGGGCAUGGCCACCGCCCUCGACACCCUCUGCGCCCAGGCCCACGGCUCCGGCCGUCUUACCGCCGUCGGCCUGCACGUCCAGCGCAUGCUCAUCCUCAUGGCCAUCGCCACCGUGCCCAUCGGCCUCUUCUGGGUCUUCUCGCCCUCCAUCCUCUCGCUGUUCGUGAAGCAGCACCACCUGGCCGUCAAGGCCGGAUCCUUCCUGAGGGUCAGCCUGGUCGGCAUCCCCGGCUACGCCGCCUUCGAGGCGCUGAAGCGCUUCCUGCAGGCCCAGGGCGAUUUCAAGAGCGCCAUGGUCGUCCUCAUCAUCUGCGCCCCGCUCAACGCCCUCUUCAGCUGGUUCUUCGCCUUCAAGCUGGGCAUGGGCCUCGAGGGCGCCGCGCUGGGCCAGGCCCUCGUCAACGACCUGCGGCCCGUCUUUUUGCUCAUGUACAUCGUCUUCUGGGGCCAGUGGUCGCACCAGUGCUGGGGCGGCCUCUCCCGCAAGGCCUUUACCGAGUGGAGCGUGCCGGUGCGGCUGUCCAUCGCCGGCUCGGCCGUCAACAUUGGCGAGUGGGCCGCCUUUGAGAUCCUGACGCUGAGCACCUCGUACCUCAGCACCGAACACCUCGCGGCGCAGACCAUCAUGACGACCAUCUCGGUCGUCAUGUGGCACAUCCCCUUCUCCAUCUCGGUCGCCAUCAGCACCCGCAUCGGCCACCUCAUUGGUGCCGGCCUCGUAUCGACCGCCCGGCGGGCCGCGACGCUGUACGCCGUCGUCUUCACCGUCGUCGGCAUCCUGGACGCCAUCCUGGUCUUUGCGUUCCGCAACCAGCUCGGCCUCAUCUUCUCCGAGGACGCCGUCGUGCAAAGGCUGACGACGAACUCGAUGCUCGCCGUCGCGGCGUUCCAGCUCAUCGACUCCAUCAUCAACGGGUGCAACGGCGUGCUGCGCGGCCUGGGCCGGCAGUCCGUGGCGGCCUUUAUCGUGUUCGUCGUCAACUAUCUGGCCGCGGUGCCCAUCGCCGUCUGGCUCGAGCUGGGGUCGCCGGCGCUGGAGCUCGACGGUGCCUGGCUGGGCCUUGGCGGCGGCAUGGUAGUCAUUGCCGUCAUCGAGUGUGUGUACUUGAAGGUCAUCAGAUGGCAAGACUGCGUCGAAAGUGUCAGGGAAAGAGAGGGGUUGUAAUUGGUCUUUGUAUCCUUUUGAGCGGAGCGUAGCAUAAGAAAGCGAGAUGGCAUAUAGACACAAAAGUAAUGCUGAUGGUGGGUGGUAUCAGGCCAACGCCAUGCAGGCAUGCCGCCAAGCCGAAUUAGAUAUAUGGUUGGGACUUUUUCCAACGUUAGAGAAUACGUAGGGUCCAUAAUGAGAUUCUCACACAGUUGGUAUACUGAUAAUCACAUCUCCAUUUCGUACUCUGUUGAAAAGGGAUCUAUGACGAGCGAUGAC